UAAACCCUGUGUUUCUCUGAGUCAGUGUCGCAUCGUCCCUCAAGCUGUGUGUUUCCUUGUGUGCCUCCCCGUCAAGUGUAAGUUUAUAUUUCCCAGUUUAGUUUUGUAUGCUUUCCCCUGCCAGCAAAUAAGGCUGAGUUUUGAGUUCAUCCUUCGAGUCUGAGUGUCUGCACCUUGGGUCCUACUCCUGCCUGCCACACAGCGUUUCAUGACAGAACGACGCGACCAGACAUGGACCCAGCAGCACUCAACCCACCAGAAGAACUGCGUCAAGACAUUAUUUACUCUGUGGAGAGACUCCUUAGACUCUGGCUAGAACAUGAGGGGAAGGAGCUCCAUUGCGCUUUGGAAACUAAGCUACAGAGAUUGAUUUCUGGUCUCCCUUGGCUUCUCGGUGCGCUCCACCCACUCGAACAGGAUUUUAUCCUAAAUGAGCUACACAUUCAUCCCCCAGCUGCUACAACUCACCUGCCUGACAGGCCGGACGUGGAGCUGCCCGGCCCAUUGGAGUCAUCAUCAAAAAGGAAGCGGCGAUCACGCCGCCGACGUCCAUCACCACAGCCAGACCCCGUGACCUCUGAGUCGCCAGCUGUGGUAAAAGAAAGAGACGAUAUUCAAGAGUUUCCUGAAUUUGGGACUGUUCAUUCUGGAACCAUUUGUUUUCACUCAGCUGCCCAGCCUCCUGUAGCUCACUCAGCUGCCCAGCCUCCUGUAGCUCACUCAGCUGCCCAGCUAGCUGCGUCUCCUGUGUCUCCGCUAGCACAGUCAUUUACUCCGCCACUAGCUCCAUUUUCACCUCAGCUAUCACUCCAGCCAUUAAUUCAGUCUGCUCUUCAGCCUCCUUCAGUUCGGCCUGCCACUGAGUUGCCCUUAGCCCCAUCAUCCACACUACCACCUGCUUCUCUUCCACCACAAUCAUCACUACACUCAGCCGUCCAGGCUACCACUCAGUCAGUCAUUCACUCUAUAGCCCUGCCAUUAAUGCACUCUGUAGCUGAGCCAUUAGCCGCCUGGCCCGCAGCCAAUUCAGCCACCCUUCCACCCGUUGCACCUCAACCACAACCGUCACUGCAGUCCCCAGUGCAGUCUCCGGCAGUUCAGCCUUCCCCAGUGCAGUCUCUGGCAGUUCAGCCUUCCCCAGUGCAGUCUCCGGCAGUUCAGCCUCCCCCAGUGCAGUCUCCGGCAGUUCAGCCUCCCCCAGUGCAGUCUCCGGCAGUUCAGCCUCCCCCAGUGCAGUCUCCGGCAGUUCAGCCUUCCCCAGUGCAGUCUCCGGCAGUUCAGCCUUCCCCAGUGCAGUCUUCCACUCAACCACCAGCUCCACUUUCUCCCCAACCGUCACUACUACCUCUAGCUCAGUCUCCUGUACAGUCGCCUCUAGUUCGGUUCCCUGUGCAGUCACCCCUAGUUCAUUCCCCUGUGAAGCCAUCAACUCCACCACCCACUCCUCUUUCACCACCACCAGUAGCUCAGCUCGCACCUGACCCAUUGGCCCAGUUCUCCGUAGCAGUUCGGUUUUCUGGCCAGCGUAACAUUGAGCCAGGGGUCCCAAUUCCCUGUGGCUCUACAUCAGCUCCUGCUGGAAGCUCUGAGCCCAUCCAGCACUCCGCGGCUCCCAUGCCGCCACCUGCCUUCUCCGCUGGAGGGUCCGAGGGGCCCGUCCAGCCGCCUGCCUCCGCUGGAGGGUCCGAGGGGCCCGUCCAGCCGCCUGCCUCCGCUGGAGGGUCCGAGGGGCCCGUCCAGCCGCCUGCCUCCGCUGGAGGGUCCGAGGGGCCCGUCCAGCCGUCCUCAUCAGCUGCAUCGCCCACGCCGUCGCCGGCAGCGCCACCGUCUCCGGCUUCCAAGCCUUCGAGCCUUCAAGCCUCGCCGCCCACGCCUGGU